AUGGCCGAGUGGAAAGAGCGGGGUUAUGUGCCAGACUCUGAUGAUGAGGAAGAGGAAGGCCUUGAGCUGCUAAGUCCAAAUGCAGAGCAGCAAAGAGUAGGUCUUGGGCUAUGCAAUAACGAGAAGCUUUCACUGUCUGAUGCCGACUCAAAGGAUGCUUGCUUCAUCAAGAACGACUAUUCGAUCUUGCUUGCAGGUGCGCAACACGAUGACCCGAUAAGAUCAGAAGUUGAUCCCAGAGAGCCUGCACGGCAAGUUGAAGUUGACCAAGAUGAGGGUGGCUUAGAAGAAGAUAAACAAUUGCAGGACAAGGUGCUACCGGAGCAUGACUCGGACCUAAUUGAUCAGAGCCAAAUUGAGAGGCCCCAGGAGUCUGUGGCGGAGCAGCUCCAGGACGAGCUGAGAUCUGGGUUGGAUAUAGUCAAGGAAGUCCUGAGCGGCUCAUCUACAACUAUAGACGGUCACCACUCCAACAACCAAAGUAACCUGUCCUCACCGCUAUCUUCCAUUGAAUCCUUCUCAGCCGGCGAUCAUUCCGGAACAACCCCCAAAGACAAGGUGACAGAUGUACCGCUACCUCUAGACCAUCGUUCUUCAGAAUACCGUUUCCCAGCAUCCGCUGGCAAUGAUGCACAUCGUGUUGAUGAUUUGGAUUAUGCGGCACAUGUCACAAGAAGGAAUCUGAGGCAACGAAAUCCGAUCCAGCUACAUCCAUACGCUCUUGAAGGCGCUCGGUACCAACAAGAGCUGCUCGCUCGUGGUUUGAGGCCUGUUUAUCUGGAUGAUCUCCACAGGCGCAGGACGUCAGAUGUUUGUGAGAGUCAAGACUGCAAAGAUAGGGAGAAUGGUGCUAGCCAGAGCACGCAGGAGACAACAUCCUCGCAACAGGAAACUCCUGGUCCUUUACAACCUAUUCAUAACGAGGCAAAAAGAAGACGUCCCAGAAGACCGUCUGCAAAUUCCCUUGCGAGUGAUGAGGAGCUGCCAGAUCUCGAUGCUAUCCUUGAGGCUAAGCAUGGUCGUUUGCCGCCGCCUAGGAAACGAUCAACAGCUGUCUACAAUGCCCUCAGGAGCAAAAGAACACCCAGUCAUGACGACGAACUCCACAUCUAUGACCCGCCUUUUGACGCUCCGACUUCCACGUUAGGAAAAAGUCCAAGUGGUGCCGUCUUCCACGUUCCGCCUUCUCCACCAUGUACUCGGAGCGGCCAAUCGAGCCAGUCUACUGAAGUACUUCCAAGAUCUUCCAAGCGAAAUCAUUUAGCAAGACGUAAACGUAGGACUCCUCAAACAUUACCGACACCGAAUAUAUCUUCUACUGCUCAGCAGCCGGCAGAUCAAUCCCUUCAAUGCAAUUCCGGCUCAGAUUCUCCCGAGCCUUGCACGGCUGAGUCUGUGGGCAACAGCUCUCAACAUUCACUCGAGCAGGACGAUAGCCAAAUUUAUCGACUUCAGCGGAAAACCAAAGGUGUAUUGCCGGCAUCAUUUUUCCGGCUCCAAGGUCAGCAGGAAAAGACGGGGGAAAACCCAAUCAGAAGCUGGUCUUCGUCACCAGACCGAGACAUUGAUAUCCCAGCCGGUGCCCAUAGCGUUUCCAGACCUCAAAAUCGUCAGAACUCUCCAUCCCGAGCUUCACAUAAUGCUAUCGUUGUUUCAGAUGAUUCAUCUCCCCAGGAGGAGCCCCUGAUGGGAACGUUCGAUGAUCCUACGGUCUCUAACUUGUCUAAUAGCACAUUACCCAGUAGGCGCGUUAGUAUGAUGCGUCUGAUAGAUAGCGACAUCGAAGAAGACAACGGAAUUGACAUUAUGAUGCAGCCAAAGCCUAGAAAGCAAAAAGCCGCAGUCUCGAGGGGCAAACGCCAGCGUCUUGUUAGUGAGUUUGGUCGCGACAUGGAUAGUCAUCCGCGCCAUGAGUUAUCACAAAGGGAGCCCAAAAGACAUAAAGGGCGUAGUUUUGGACUCCAACGGCCAAAGCCAAACAAUUCUACUGUAAAAGCACUAUCACUCGGUCCGUUGGAUGCGCCUGGCUACAAGAGUCUGCCUCGAAUGAAGCAGCCACAAUUUCUUCGCUUGGCUGCUCGACGUGCCAGAUCACGUACGAGAGGCGGACGGCAGAGCCCGAGUCGCAAAUACAUCCGCAUGGCGACCAGCGCUGAUACUGAAGAAGCAAACAGUGAACUCAACAAUUGGCGAAAAGGCCUACUCGAGCAAAACACCAAAGCCUCCUUAAAUGCUAAGCCACGGAAAUCUACGCAACAGGACAAUUUACCACCAAGGGGUUCACUUGCGCAGCGACUACAACGCUUACCAGUUCUUGAGAGUGGAGAAUACAUGCAUUCACAGGAAAGGGAUCCUAACGAUCGACGGCAGUCCGAGCAAAGUUUGCCACCCUGGCACCGUACGGAGGACUUGAUCCGUGACAUCUUGCUUCGCCAGACGGGUCAGUCGAUCCAGUCUUCUAAUCACUCCAAAACAAAUCUGUUCCGGACCUCCGAUAAUGGUAUAUCAAGCAUAUCAGAUAUUCGGGCCCACAUGCAUGCACAGCAUCAGAAUCGUUCAGGGAGAGGCGCCUUACUUACCUCAACAGUAGGCUCCGCGAAACCUCGAGGCGCCCAACUCGAGAGUCUUCGCCAUUUUAAAUCCCCCGAAAGAGUUCUCAAUGCGUUCGGAGGUCACUCGAAUUCUUCUCAGUUCGAGAGAAUUGCUCGUGUAGAGACAACACAGGACAGAUAUCCAGCAUUACCUACACGUAUGGAAGACCAAACAGAUAAUGAUCUCGCCCAGGACGCGUCAAGACAAGCUUUGUUUCGAUCUCGUCGAAAGCGAACUCCUAAACAAAGCGACCUCAUUUCUCUAAGCCCUGCUUGGGCACUAGAGCUGUCAGGUUCGGCAACCAGCCCUAAUGAUAACAACGAUCUUGACGCGUUGUCUGGGGUAGUGUUGGCUGGUCUUGGUUCGCCAGAAUUCCCCAUUACCAGAGACUUUGGUGUGGUACCCUUCGCAGAGGGUGUCUGUCUGCACGAUGCUAGUUUUGUUGGAGAAGAUCAUUUAUCUGACCUCACAAGGAAUCUUGUUCUCAAUUGCAGGAAUUUGUUUCAAAGUAAAGACAAUGAAUGCGUGGUUCUCAGACCAUCUACAAUGGGCUCACCUUAUCGCUGGGGUGUGUGGGAUGAUCAAGUCUCUCAACAAUUCUCUGCAUGGUUUCUCGAACUGAGAGGAUGUCUAGGCUGUCAUGCCAGCGACAUGGCCAAUAAUCCUCCGCAAAAUACUCUAAGUGCAUUCAAGACCCUUACACGCUAUUUAAGUCGGCAAGUAUCCUUCCAGAAUCGUCAGAGCCUGGCUGCGUUUGCAGAAGUUGCUACACGCAUGGCAAUGGAGCUUGUUGAUCAGGUUAGGUCGCAAUUGGAAUCAAGCCUUUCUGCAGUACCUCCUAACAUGCUCCAACUCUCAAGCUUACUGCUCGUUUUCAUCGUCGAGAUUGCUUGUAUCGUGGCAUCAGCCUUAAUGAACCACAAACUUCAGACAGAGCUAUGUAAGACGUUCAAAACCUUGGCUGUGGUAGUGUUGAAAGCCCUCCAUCGAGACAAUAAUCUAGAGAGGCUAACAAAUAUCACAAGCUCCAGCAGCGAGGAGCCCAAGCUUAUCAAUAAAUCCUCCGAGGUGGAUGCGCUGACAGUGAUCAACAAUUUGAGCAAGCAAGCAGUGCUGCAUAUCGAUAUAUGGGAUCUCGUUACAGAGGCUUUGUCUUCUUUCAUUGGUUUUCAGCCAGAGAAUUUGGUGACGUUUCGAGACUAUGAUGGCUGGUGGAAGGGUGUUUUUCUAACUUUGCCGUGGCUGGACUUGGAUGCGUCUGGUCAGCUACCCCGAACAUUUACCUCGCCUGGCUGGGAUCUGAUUCAGCGGCUUCUUAUCCGGUUCUUACAGCUAUUCAUGCCUCGACGGCACAAGGCCAGUUACUCUACCAAGCAUUAUGGUCGGGUUCUUGUCCACCGAUGUUUCGACCUGGUUCAGCUAUGGGGCUGGGAAGGAGGCCAUGCUGUGAUUGGAACAUUGUUCGAUGCCUACAGCAGCAAUGACUUCAAAGAAAUGUUCGGAGAAACGCCUGAAAACCGCUUCUGCCUUCCUCUCAAUCUUGCUCCUGGAGUUAGUGUUCAUGUUGGCAAAACUGACUCCGGCUUCCACGCGUUCCUCGGCCUUAUAGCACAGACAAUCAUGAUUUCUCGCAAGCCUGAUGCUAAUCCAAAGCUGGCAAAAAGAGUGUUGCGGUCAUUGAGUGCAAGACUGGUACCUAACAAGGGCGAAGACCUACCUAAGAACAAGACUCCCAGCCGCUACAAUAUUAUUGCUUUGAGAAAUCGGUUCGACCUUGUGUCUGUCAUGCAUUGCGUAAUGCCGCCGGAGUUGAAACCGAACCUGCGGCUGUUACAAUCGUUCGUCGAUUUUCCGAAUGCUCACCGUGAAGCGUGCAGAAUUGCGCUUGAAUGUUGGUUACGACUUGUUCAGCACGCACUUUUCAAUGAACAAUCCGUAGACACAAGAGGCCAGAAAGCUUCAGACACUCAUCAUCACCCCACACUUUUAUUGCUAAGAGAGUGGCAUGAUUCAAUCGUCAUGGAUCUCUUAGCUUAUUACACUUCAGAAAGCCAUGAAACAAUGGGACUCGAUGAACAUCGCCAUACGGACAAUGCUAAGUUGUGCAAAACUCUCUCUUUCUCACGAAAACCAAGCGCAGAUAUACUCAUCGACGCACUGAAGACAUGGCAACAAAGCUUUGAAUUUUGUCAGACUACAAGCCAGGCAACAGCACUGUUGGGCCGAAGUACGCUUCGGGUGAUAAUAAAAUACUGCGAGACAAAGGAUGUUGCAUCAAAUAUUGUGGUCUCAGCCGCAUUGCAGAUUAUCAGUGCGUACACUCAAUACUGUCUAUCCCGAAUAGUUCGUGUAGGACCUACGGAUGAAGAUAGUCAGGAAUAUGGCACCUGGGAUCACUUCGACAGCAUGGAACUCGAUGGCCAGACCGAUUCCAGCUCAGAUCAUGAAGAGUUCUCUCAUUUGCAGCAGGAGCUUCACCCCAUGCUGUGGCGUUUCCUUUCCAACAUUUUCGGCAACGAUACUGUUCCAGACCAUGCGAUCCUUAAGGGCACGGUCGACUGUUGGUUUGAGGUUGCCCACGCUCUUGUUACCUUGAGAGCACGGAGUUGGGAUGACUUUAUGGGUCAAUUCUCGACAUAUUCAUGGGAGUCUCUGCGGCACACUCAACAAUCGCAGCAGUAUAAGAUCUAUUUUCUCACCAAAGUUAUAGAUGCUAGCUAUGGGUUUUAUGAGAAGGACCGCCUUCGAGUUCUGACCAUAUGGAUUAGCAGUCUAUGUCGACCGAAUAGGGCUCUCCUUUGGGAGCCUUUGCUCACUUCCACCAUCUUGUUCCAUGAUCCAGAAAAUCAAUUACUAUUCAAUCCCCCUUUCGCGGUACGAUCGGAUGUAGGUGGAAAGCUUGAGAUAUCGAAGAGUGAACUAUGUGAGCGCCGUACUGCCAUGAUAUAUGUUCUGCUGCGCAAUAUGCACAGGCUUAUAGCAAUUUCGUCGACGCAGCCGUCGCAUCCCUACAGCAAGUCGGAGUUUUGCGAGAUCCUCAAGAGUAUGGAGACAACAAUGAAGGCCUCCUACCAAGAUCUCUCAGUAGAUCAACAAGCACAAGACGAAUAUCGAGUCUUCCUACACUUUGUGAUCCAACAAAUGCAAUUGUACGUGGUCGACUUCCACAAGAUCGACGCCUUCUUGACGGACCCAGCCAUCUUCUCAGCUGAAUCCUAUGCAAUUACUGCUACCUUGAAACGAUAUAGCUUGAUGAUUCAGACAACCGGGGUUACGAAAGCAAUGGUGCUUUUCCUGUAUAAUGCUAAUGAAAGAGCUGCUAUCAGUGACACUCAGGAUCAAUUCAUCCCCCAGCUGUGCGAUGCAUUGCUGGAUCUAGGUCCGGAGUCAAUUGAACGGACUGAGAAUCACGAUUCGGAUGCUGCUUUGCUAACAUCGCUAUUGCAGAAUGUGUUUCCUGUUUAUGUACGUUAUGCCCUCUCAGCACCUGGACACAUUGUCUCCAGGCCAUUGCUCCGAGUCUUGACUUAUAUCUUUGUGAACCUUCGGUGUCGCUCUGAUCUCUGGAAUGCGUCUGCACUCCAGCAAUUGGUCACUGCCGCAGAUAUCAUGCUACGAAGCGCAAUCAGCGCUUUCCAAAGUUGUGCACCAAGUCUCAUUUUAUCAUCCCUCGAGCUUCUCGAAAACUUUGCCGAGCUUGUUUCAUUCAUUCAUUCAGCAAUGCUGCGCACAUAUGAAGCAGUUCAAGCAUUUCCUUGCGACGUCGAAAUCAGUAGUCUCAUAGAGGUUCUUCUAGUUCUCAAGGACCACAUCCUCGCCGUUGAACGACCGUCCGAUGCAGAUUCAUACACUCUGCAAAUUGAGGCUGAUGAAGACUUGAUUGCCAACGCACCUGCUGAACCCUCCAUGAUGAGGGCUUAUGCAGAGAAGGAAUUGCAGAAUGCGCUCGAAAAGACAUGGCGCACCGACGCAUCAGGUGGUUGGCAAGUCAUUGGGAGAGGAGCGCCAAAGGUAGUCAAAGCUUCCAAGAGAACGGUCUCAGGCGCCGCUGCAGAAACGGAGAUGGAACAAUGCAAAGAGAAGGCGAGAUUCAUGGUACGCGAGUUUGUGGAGGCUUUUGUGCAUCUAGAUUGGUGGGGGUAG